GUAGAAGCCCGCGAAGGUUUUGGAAGGCAGCGGAGUGGGCUUUCUCUGUGUUGUUGAACUCUGCAUCUUCCUCCUCUUUUACCAAGUCUAUAUUUGCAAUGGGAAUUCACGGUUUGGCCAAACUUAUCGCAGAUGUGGCACCUGCAGCUAUCAAAGAGCAUGAUAUAAAAAGUUACUUUGGUCGAAAGGUGGCGGUCGAUGCUUCCAUGUGCAUUUAUCAGUUUCUUAUUGCAGUGAGACAGGAUGGCAACACGCUGCAAAACGAGGAAGGUGAAACCACAAGCCAUCUUAUGGGCAUGUUUUACCGUACCAUUCGCAUGGUAGAGCAUGGCAUCAAACCAGUGUAUGUGUUUGAUGGGAAGCCACCACAGAUGAAGUCCGGUGAACUAGCUAAACGCAGUGAGCGUAGGGCCGAGGCAGAGAAGUUGCUUGAAGCUGCCGAGGAGGCUGGAGAAGUGGAGAACAUUGAGAAGUUCACUAAAAGACUUGUCAAGGUCACCAAGCAGCACAAUGAGGAGUGCAAGAAAUUACUUACCCUAAUGGGCAUUCCUUAUGUGGAUGCACCCUGUGAAGCUGAGGCCACGUGUGCUGCCUUAGUAAAAGCAGGGAAAGUGUAUGCUGCAGCAACAGAAGACAUGGAUGCCCUGACCUUUGGCACCCCUGUGCUCCUUAGGCACCUCACAGCAAGCGAAGCUAAAAAGCUGCCUAUUCAGGAGUUCCAUCUAAACCGUGUCAUUCAGGACAUAGGUAUCACACAUGAACAAUUUGUGGAUCUCUGUAUCUUGCUCGGAAGUGACUACUGUGAAACCAUCCGUGGCAUUGGACCCAAAAGAGCCAUUGACCUGAUCCGUCAGCAUAAGACCAUUGACGAGAUCAUUGAUAACAUUGACCUCAAGAAAUACCCCGUUCCGGAAAACUGGCUGCACAAGGAGGCAAAACAUCUUUUCUUGGAACCAGAAGUAGUCGACACUGACAUCACCGAGCUGAAGUGGAUCGAGCCCGAUGAAGAAGGAUUGGUGGCCUUCAUGUGUGGGGAGAAGCAGUUUAGUGAAGAUCGCAUACGCAACGGGGCCAAAAAGUUGGCCAAGAACCGGCAAGGCAGCACACAGGGCCGGCUGGAUGACUUUUUCAAAGUGACCGGAUCCGUUAGCUCAACUAAAAGAAAAGAGGCAGAAUCCAAAGGAUCCGCUAAAAAGAAAGCCAAAACUGGAGGUACCCCUGCAGGAAAGUUCAAGAGGGGUAAAUGAAUGGGCAAUUAUUAACUGAUGCGAAUGAUUUAUAAGCGCUAAGGCUUUGACAAUAUGUCGCAGUUCUUUAAAAUAAAAAAAAAUUGUAUAAUAA